GACAAUUUUUUGAUAACUCUUGACGUUGACGCCAUUUUUUAUUUUUUCUGCUGUUUUGUUUGUGCAGAUCGUUAAAUGUGAUGUAAAAAAUGAAGUAAAAAGUUCUAUUUUGAAUUCAUUUUCUUCCAGCAACGUUCUACUCAAUGGUAAUAAUAAAAGUCAGUCAGUGUAACAAACCAGCAUUUCAUAUUACCUGUGGAAGAAAAGGCUCCCUAGUUGAUUUGUGGUUUUUAUUUACUUUUUACUGAAAAAGUAAAUGUUUUUAAUGUGAACUUUAAUUGUCAUUCACAACUAAAAAUAAUGAAUUGUGAUUUUUGGACGUUUAAAUACAUGGGUGGCAAUUGGUUGGAAGAAGUUGGCUCCAAAUAAUUAUCAAUCAAUUCAAAUUUGUAUAGGUACUUAUAGGUCCCAGACCUAUCACACUAUAUUGGAAACAUAUAUAUUGAAUUUCUUCAAUUUGCGAGUUAUGCAGAAAAUAUGCAAUAGUGUGAGAGUGACCGAAUUUGGCUUGAAAUGGGGGAUUAUGAAUUAUACCAAGCAUUUAAAUCUUUUACUUCUUCUAAUGAUGAAGACCUGAGUUUUCAAAGAGGAGAUGUCUUUGAAGUGUCUGUUCAAAGUCCCUUUGAAACCAGUCAUUCUGAUCGUCCUGGAUGGUUAUUUGCUUAUAGUAGGAGAACCAAUGAUGUAGGAUAUGUCCCAGUGGAAUAUGUCAAGCUGUUGGGCUCUGAAGUUGGAAAAACAAUCCAUCAUCCAUCAGCAUGUGGAGUGGAAGUAUCCAAUGUUAAAUCUGGAUUAUCAAGACGUAUCCAGGGACUAUCAGUAUCAGAAAUGGAAAAUAAGCCCGACCAUAAAUUUGAAGAUGUUUAUUUCCUGACACCGAUUCUCUGUAAACAUUGUAAAGAUUAUAUUUGGGGCCAGGGCCAUGUUGGCGUAAAAUGUAAAGAUUGUCACGCUUGCUUCCACAACUUCUGCCUCAAGUUCAACCUUCAGUACAUGUGCCAGAAGGACAAUGAUGCCCUUCCUCCAGUUACCUUAGAUUAUGACAAGCCAAUAUCCGAGUGGACUUGUUCAAAUGUAAUAGAAUGGAUGGCGGCAUUAAAUUUAUACACUUACGCAGACGUUUUUAGAUGUAAGGAUAUAAAAGGUGCAGAUUUACUACAUCUUGAUCGGGAAAAAUUAAUUGCUAUGGGCAUAAAAGAUGAAUUCCACCAGAAAGCUUUAUUAUCCUGUAUAGAUGAAUUAUUAAAUAAGCCAGACAAUACAACCCCUCUACGAAAUGAAAUUGAGGAAACAGUAUCCACCGACACCACUUAUACUCACAAUUUGAAGCAGCGCAGCUUUAGUUCAUUAGAACGAUGCGAUAAAUGUAACAAAUAUCUUCGGGGACUCCUUCACCAAGGUUUUAUUUGUCAAGAUUGCGGUGUAGUUUCCCAUCGUACAUGUGCAGCAACUGAACUUCCGUCUUGCACUCACCGUCCAAUGGAUGAAAGUUCUCAUUUUAUUCAAUUUAAAUCAUUCUUCGGUCAGGGACUUUGCAGCCAGUUCAAUUUAAGUGAAACACCAGCACCAAUGCUCAUCAUAAAUUGUGCUUUAGAAAUUGAGAAACGUGCUAAGAAUAAUGAAUCUCUUGAAUUAUAUAAUUUAUAUUGUGCCACACCUCCUGCAGAUCAGUUGCAAUCUCUGGUUAAGAAAAUAGAAGAAAAUCCUAACAACAUAAACUGGUUUGAAUACAGCCACGUGUCUAUUGCUAGUGUUUUCAAAAAAUACUUAAGAGAAUUACCUGAUCCGCUCAUUCCUGUACAGUGGUAUGAUAAAUUUUUGGAAGCAUCUAAAAAAAGAAAUGAUGAAGAGUGUACUACCAUAUUGAAACAACUAAUAGAAGAACUUCCAGAGCAUCAUAAAUCAACCUUGAGGUUUAUUAUGGGACAUUUGUGUAGAAUAUGUCAAUUAGAAUAUGCUAGAGGAAACAAAAGCCCACCUACUGUCUUAGUUCAAGUUAUGUGUCAUAUUUUCCUAAGACCACCAUGGGAGAGAAUUAUACAAGUCGUCUACAACACACAAGCUCACAACCGCAUUGUAGAACUGCUUUUACUAUACUGUGAUUGGGGAGAAAAAUUACCAGAAUUUGCUUCAGCACCAGCUAUACCCCCUAGGAAAGUUUCUCGUAUGGGUAGUAGUGCCUAUUAUACGAUGAUAGAAAGAGAUAAGGAAAAAAGUAAUGCUGCGAUGUGUCUCCAGGAUGCAGAGUGGUAUUGGGGCGACAUCAAACGUGAGGAAGUGAACGAAGUGCUUAAUGACACUGUUGACGGUACAUUUUUAGUUCGGGAUGCAUCUAGUAAAUGUGGUGAAUAUACUCUGACUCUCCGGAAAGGUGGUGCAAAUAAGCUCAUUAAAAUUUGCCAUCGGAAUGGUAUGUACGGUUUUACGGAACCUUACACGUUUCCAUCUGUUGUAGAUCUUAUUAAUCACUUUAGACAUGAUUCUUUAUCUCAGUACAAUGCUUCUCUAGAUAUAAAAUUACUCUAUCCAGUUUCUCGUAACAAUCAAGAAGAGGAAUUGGCGAAAACAGAGAAGAUUGAAAAACUAGUAGAAAAGCUGGUAACUUUAAACAAAAGUUUGGCCGAUAAGAAUAAAGUAUCUGAAACGGUUUCAAAAGACUUUAAUGAUACAUCAAUUGAAGUACAAACUAAAAGACAAGCUCUUGAUGCAUUGAAAGAAUUGGUACAAGUAUUUAGAGACCAAACUGUUGUCCAAGAAAAAUUUCAAAGUGAAGCACAACCUCACGAAAUUAAAAAUCUGGAACUUAAUGCCGAAUUACUUAAAAAACGUCUCAAGUUAAUGUCUGAAAGCUGUGAACAACUAGAAGAAAUUCUGAAACAGAAAGAAGCUUAUAGGAAAGCAUUAGAAAGAGAAUUAACAGCUUUAAAACCGCAAAUUCACAACUUGGUACGAGAAAGAGACAAGCACACUAGAUGGCUACAACAAAGAGGCUUUUCUAUUAGUAAAGUGAACCAAAUUUUGAAUAGAAAUGCAGAAGAAACGACAGGGGACUGUGAAGUAGAUACAGAUUCAUUACCACAUAAUGAUGAGAAAACUUGGCUCAUGUUGAAUUGUUCCCGUACUGACGCAGAAAAACUGUUGGAAGGAAAACCUGAUGGCACAUUUUUAUUGAGAAAAUCCAGACAAAUGAACAAAUUCGCUCUUUCUGUACAGUGUAAUGGAAGCACUAAUCAUUGUAUUAUCAAUGAAACCCAGAAAGGACUUGGAUUUACAGAACCAUACAAUAUUUAUCCCACAUUAAAAGAUUUGGUAUUACAUUAUGCUACAAAUUCUUUAGAAAUUCACAACGAUCUUCUGAACACCGUUUUGGCUUAUCCCAUUAACGCGGUUAAUAAUGGUAACCAUAAUAGGGACAGUUGCAUAUACGUUCCAUGAGAGUUUUGUGAUAAAAAACUGACUUUUAUAUUCCUUUAUUAAAAUAUCCUUAGGAUGAUAAUUAUAAAGAAACGAUUUUAACAAAUUUUUAUUCAUUUAUGUAUUGCAUUCUAUAUAUAUUAUAUAUAUACAUAAAAUUAAUAUUUACGUGACUUGCUUUACAAUUGAAUACACUCUUUUGCUUCAACACCGGGUUAAAUACUGUGAUAAUGUACUAAAGAUGACUUUCACAUGUACUUAUACUUGGCGAAAUAAAGUGUAUUGGCCAAAGUAACAAAGUUGUGGGUUGGUAACAGAAAUGUUUCAAUUACUAUGGAGACUUUUCAAUGACAGUACAGUAAAAAAACUAGAUAUUUCUACACAUUCUCCAUUAAUUAGUUAACAAUGUGUAUCUAUAUAUGCUGUUGACGUUGUACUGUACAAACAGUUCCAUGUGUACAAAUAAACUAGCAGAGUUAACCAGUGAUGUAUACUUUCUUCUUAUUUGAAAGUCUCUUAAAGUGCUCCAUUGUUUUGAAUUAUUCUCGAUGUAUUACAUAAGAAGUCUCUGUUUAUUAGAUAUUAAUUCAACAGAGAAAAUUUAGUUUUUUUCUCCUGCUGUAUAUUAUAUUUUGGUGAUCUUUACUAAUGAUCAAGUCAAUAUGUAGAAGUUGUUAAUUUGAGUUUGAUUAUUAGCAUUUAUUUGGGAUUGGUUUUUAGUGUUUUAUUUUCAAAACGUAAGGUUUUUUGGAACAUUUCCAAUGUUAAAAUUUAAGAAGAAUGAAUGGUAAUCAAACUUAGUAACAAGCUUCAAUAUUUGUUGUAUGCUGUGAUUUACACUGCUGAUUUACUGAUAUAUAAUUUGCUUGAUUUUUUUAAAAAGCAUUCUAGAUAUAAUAUGUUGAUAAACAUAUUAUUAUUAUCAAUAAUGUAUAUUUUAGUUAUAUUAGAAAUGAAGAAAUUUCUUUUAUUACAGAUUUUUAUACAUCAAAUUUAUAUACAUACGUUCGUAUGUCGUGUGUGUGUGAGAGAGAGAAUAUUUUUUUAAAGAAGUAUUUUUUACUAAUUAACCUUUCAUAUUUUAUGUUUGUCAUCCCAUAUUUUUUUAAAUUGAAGCUAAAGCGAAGCUGAUGUUUAAGAAAAAAUGGAAGAUCCUAUUGCUAAAAUAAAAAAAAAAGACUACAGUUGAUAGAUCUUUAAUAAUAUGUUCUAAGAAAUUGAUAUUUGAAUAGCAACCCUCUUUCCAUAGAAAAAAAAAUCAAUUUAUUAUAAAAUAUACCUAUUAUUGAUAUAUACAAGGAUGUUCAAUCUGUUGUAUAAUAUUCAAAUAAAUAGAUAUACAUUUUUUAUGAUUAGUAACACUUCACUGUAAUUGGUUUUGACAAAAUAAUUCUUUUACAGUGUUGCUAUCAUCAUCAUAUUUUAAUGGUAUAAUUAUAUUCUAUUACAUAAAAUUUUGCAAAUGGACCUUCACAUGACUCAAAAUAAAAUUUUUGGUUAGUGCUCCAAGACAAAUACUAUUUAUGGAUAUGAUAGAAUUUUUAAAAUAUUUAAUUAGAAAGGAAACCAUGUGACGUUUAAUUCUUUGUUGCUAUGGUUGUUUUUGUUUUGAUCUUUUUUUGUCAAACUACCAUCGUGGGUAUAAGCAAGCGUUCUAAGGCGUUCUAAGCGUUCUAUUCUGUAACUUUUUUGGUUAAAAACAAUCAAUGGUUAUAUUUAACCGCAGUGUAUAAUCUUUGUUCGUAUUCUAUAAUCAAAACUCUGGUUGUACAUGUAACUAUUAUAGUGUUGGUUAUAGUAUUUUUUAUAUCAACAAGGUGAAAGGAUAAAGAAUAAAAUUUAACUACAAUAACAUUUUGUUUCGAGGUUAAAUGGCUGGCUGCACGUCUAAUGAACUGAAAUUUUCGAGAAAUAAGCGACGUUUUUCAACUUCCAAAUUCAACAUUUGGAACACACAAUAUGUCAUAACAUUUCAAUGCUGUCCUUCCUGAUGAAGAAGUUAUUCAUUGUACAAGAUGGUGAUCGAGAUCAUAAUUUUUGUAUCCAAGGGAAUGUGAUUUAAUAUGUAAUGAAUAUUUUACCUAAUAAUUAAUAGAAAAAGUUGUUCCAUUAUAUUUUGAUAAUUUUAUUCAUUAUAUUGAAUUUACUCUUACUUCAUUGUUUUUGUAACGUAAUAUUGCUCUGUAGAGGGAAGUAUAUCGGUCGGGAAAUAAAAAGCUAUAAAUACUAUUACAAUAAUUAUUAUAUCACUACAUAUAUUUCACACAUUGUUUCUUAAAGCUUUUGCUAUAUUAUUCAGAUCACUUGCAAUUCCAUAUUUACUUGUGACAAGUUGUUUCAAUAUUCUAUCACAGGUAUUUAUAAUUACACUCCUUUUUUUCUUUGUAUUCUAUUUUUCUAUUAACUGGUAUUUCAUUGUUUACGUUCUCAUUAUCACUAGAGAUCGGGACUGAAACUACACAAAAUAUAAUAAUCAUAAAUCUGACAUAGUAUAAUCAUGUGUUGACGUUAUUCAUACAAUUUGUCCUUGUCAUUAUCAUAAUUUAAAUAAAAAAAUUUGUUUUACCAUUACUACUUUCUGAAACUGGCUCCAAAAAUCGUUCAUUAUCGACAACAAAAUUUUUUUGCUCACAUUGAAGUCCAUAUUAAGGAAUAUUUUACCCAUCUACCACAACUGGAUUAAGAAGUUGAAUUAUUCUGUGAUCAAACUGUCUGACAUCUCCUUUUCCGAACUGGGCCCUCCUUAUGUAUAUGUUCUACUCUAUGUUUUUUAAGCAUUUUAUUUGAAAUCGGCGAAUACCUAAAACGUGUUUUAAGUUCAAUAAGUUUAAUUUUAGUUACUACAAACUUACUGAUUCCCAUUGUUGGGCAUUUUUUUUUUGGCCCAUCAAUCAAGUAGUUCUGUUACUCUUUCCCAAUUUUUUUCUAUUGUUGAUACUUUGCAGCUUCAUUUGGAAGGUAAAUCAAAUCUAUAUGUUCUUCAACUUAAUUUAUUAAUGCCGACAAUUUUGGUUGAUCGCUCUCUCUUUUUCUCCAUACUAAUCAGAAAAACACAACUUCCGUACCUAAAUUUAACUGUAUCGUUAAAACUUAAAAAUUAACCAGGUGUUUAAAACUGAACCAUACAGAAUACUUAACUGGUUUAAUUUUAUAUCGAUGUAGUUAUAAAUACAUUAAUAACCAAAAAGUUACAGAAUAGACCCCAUGUUAUUAUGUGUAAACUGUCAGCUUAUUCAGCUAAAAUUCAAAUUUCUUAGAGCAUUAACCAAAAGCAUAAUUAUUUCUGAAUUUAUGUUUACAUGGUAACAAAUGAAUUGAUAUUAUAUUUUUUCAACUUUUUCUAUUGUAGGUUUAUUAAAAUUUGAAUAGAUGUAUUAUUGGGUUCAAAAAAUGUGAAUUUUUGUUACCUUGUGAUACAUGAUUUUUGUUUUUCAUUAAUGCUGUAUCUUUUGGUUUCAUUUAAAAAAAUAAUCUGGAAACUCUUAAAUUUUUGUGAAAAUAAUAUAAUAUGAUAUAUGUGAAUGUGCCAUAUUAAUGUUUAUACCUUUCGGACUAAUGGAAUGAAAACAUGAUUUUGUAUAGUAGAUACUCAGAAAUAGGUUUUGUAUUUUUCAAUUUGCCGAAAAUUUUCAUAUUUGGAGAUCACUUAUUUCUGUAUUUAUUCUGUAUUUAAUAAUUUGCCAAUAAACUAUAGGAAGUGUCAUUUUUUAUGAAAUUAUACCACUAAUAGAAUUUUUGUAUUUAAGGAUUAUGCACUAAAUGUAAAAAUUUUAUUAUUAAUUUUGUAAAAUGAAAUUGGCUAAUAUAAGAGUACAAUCUUCCAUAAAUAGGUAACUUCUAGUUGCCCAGUUUUGCUUUAUAUGAAUUUUUUAUUUAGAAGUUUUGAAUAGAAUGAUCCACCUUUAAUAAUUGUAUUUGAAAGAAUGACUGAAUCUUUUACAAAAUACAAUAUUACAUCAAUAUAAACUGAUAACUGAAGAAAUAUAUAACAUUAACUAUAAAUUUACUUAAUUUAAAUGAUAGCACAAUCAUAUUUUUCUCAUUUUAGAGUCAAUUAUUCCAUCAGCUCAUUCAAAAUUUCACUUUUACAAAACGUGUAUUAAAUUUCCAAUUUAAUUUAGUCACUAAGAUUUAUCUAAUGAAUAUCUGAGCGAUGACAUUUCUGACAAAUUAAGCUGCACAUUUUUGAAUCUUCUUUCAAAUCACACAAAUUUUAAGAGAGUAAUUUGUAUAACAAAUAUGUGGAUUUUAAGAUGGGUUUGUUCUAAGUAUAUUGUCAAAAAUUGUAUGAAAGACAUAAAUUAAGAAAUUUAUCAUUGUGGAAUCAGUUAAGAAAAUGACCAAAGAUGUGAUAUUAAAAAUUUCAAAUUGGAUUUCAAUGAAAAUUGUGUACUGAAAUUACAAUGUUUAUUAACUAAAAACCAUAUUAUUGGAGUAAUGUUUUUUUUAUAAAAAAGUGGUUAAGUAAUUUCAUAAAUUUAAAUGGUACAAAUUUAUAUUGUUAUUUUCAAAUCAUCUAAAUGAAAUAUUCUAUAUUAUUAUGCUGUAAAUUUUAAUAUCUAUAAUUGGUUUUAGUGCAUAAUCUUAAGACAAUUCGGUUGAUAUUACCACGUGUCUAGAAUGUUUUUUUUACAGUUUAAAUGCUACUAUAAUCGAUGUGUAAUGUAUUGUACUUUUAAAGAGCAAUUUGAAGUAAUUGAUGAUUCAACAGUUCUUAAUUUAUACCCGUAUUUUCAAUAGAUUUCUAUUAAUUAUUUUAUGUCUGUCAAAUGAAAAUGAGAAAUUAUCCCGACGUUUUAAUCAGCACUUUUUGUGUAGUGUAAAAGGCCUAAAUUUUAGAGCAAAUACCAAUGAAGCUCUUUCAUAUUUCUUUUAUAAAGAAUUAUAUUUCAUUGGCACCACAAAGUAGUAAUUUAUUUUUUAUUUUAUAAAAAUAUUUACUACAACUUUGCUUUAUGAUUUUAACAAAUAAACAGAACUGUGUUCUAGUGGUUAUUGCAUUAAAGUGGCUUAUUUUCUUUAGAAAGUGUAUAUUCCAUUAAACGAAGUAGCAGUAAUUGGAGAAAGUAUUCAUUUUGCUCUUCCAAUAUUUUCCUUUUCACAUAGAAAUAUUCAGAUAUUCUUAUUUUCAUACUACAGUUCAGAUUCCUAGAUACCAACGUUUUUCUCAAGUGUUUUAAUGGUUAAACCAGAAACGUUAAUUAAAUCUAAAAACAGUAGGGAAUAAUCGAAACGGCACAAGGUGCCAUUAAUUAAGUGCUUUAUGGUUCUUCUAUGUUUACCCGACCUAUAUGUCUAGGGUUGCCAGACGUGCACGAAAAAAAAACCGAAGAGUUUCUAAUUUCAAAAAAUAAAGCUAUUUUAUUCCAUAAUAAAAAGUUAAAAAAACAAAGAAUAUUUAAUAUUUUUAUAGGUAAAUAAAACUUUUUAAUAUAUUUCACAUAGAUGCCGAUGCUUUUAACAACUCCCUAUUACUUGAUAUCUCAUUUUUAAAUUCGAUGCAAGUACUGCUUAUGUUGAAAAAAACACAGAGCUCACACUCAACGCUUUCUACAGAGAGACGAUUUCUUUCGUUUGUCCAAACAUUUCCCAUAACACUAAAUAUCCUUUCUAUGAAGGCAUUGGAUAAAGGAAUGCUGCAAAUAUAUUGUACAAGUUUCAACAAAAUUGGUGCUACCUCUUUCUCGAAGAAGAUACACCACAAUCUACUGUUUUACCUUCAAGUACGGGAAACACGGUGUGCAGUGCAGCCAGUUCUUCAUAUAGAUUUUCAGAAGGUUGCUCUUGUUACCAAGGAGAAAUUAACCACAAAUCUAUUAAUUCAUCCAGGGUGGGCAAUAUUCCGGAUUCUAAAUUUAAACAACUGAAAGUCUUAAAAUGGUUAUUUUCGAAGCUAUACCACUUUGCUAUGUAAACCAGAGCUGUUUGGUAAACAUUUAGAGCAUUCGUCACAAAUUGUUUAGAAUGAUAUUCUGAAAGAUAGCCUUUCUUCUAGGUCAUGUGUAUUUUUAUGCCAAAAUGUUGGUCGCUUAUUUUUUUUUAAAGAGUGUUCCUGAAUUUAAUCAUUAUAUUUUACAGAUUAUACGCUGCUGUUUUUCUAGCAAAAGCAAAAUUUCUUGGAUAGACAUCAAAAAAUUAUGAGUAAAAUAUAAAUACAGUUCAUUAUAAGUAGGAUUGGUCUCAUUUGCGAUUUCGUUUUUUUGAUCUGAUAAAUACCCCAAAGUGCUGUAGGACAAUUUUCGCGGCCUUGUUUUAAGAAAUACCGUUUUAAUGGUUCCCAUGAUGAGAGUACUCUAUCAAGUGCUUUAAACAAACUUAGCCAUCGAAAAUUCUGCAAAAAUUUUCAUAAUUAUAUGUGAUUGUCUGUUUUACCAACAAUUUUUCAACCGGAUGAUCCUUGAGAAAACCGAACUGUCCGGUCGAAAACCGGACAUCUGGCAACCCUAUGUAUGUCUCAUGUGUUUUCAGAAAUGAAUAUUGGUUUCCUUAUGAGGACGAUAUUGUGUUAAAGUAAAUCGUCACUAAUAACCCUUUAGUUGACCCUCAUAACUACCACCACUUUGUAAAAAAGACAAAAUUUCAGGUUAGAAAGACCAACUGUGUCAAAUGCGACCAUGUUCCAAUAAGGGAAUUAUAGAAAUAAUGGCAAUUUUAUUAAAGGCGACUUCACUCGCUUUCACUUUUGAUGAAUAAUGAAGUCGACUUUAAAAAUAGAGUUAUCGGAACAUUGUUAACUAUAGGGUUAUUAGACACGAUUUCUUUUAAAAACACAAUAUGGUUAUGUAUUAAAACUAAUCUUGUUUCUGUCUUCAUUUCUGAAAACACAUCAAAUAAGCAACUAGCUAUCGAUUUAAAAAGAGAACCAUAAGGCUGAAGUUAAUAAAGCUAAUACCUUCCUUUAUUAAAAGACGGUACUAACUUGAGUACUAUUAAUGGUGUCUUGUGCGUCACAAAUGAAGUCGAUUUUGUUAAAAUCGCCGCAUCGAUAAUUCCGUAAUACAUAUAAAAGAAAUAGAUUUGUCGAAGGAUAACAUAAGGUUUUUUUAAUCCAAACAAUUCACAACAAAAAAGAGUUUUCAAAAGUUUUGAAGUAGUGUAUAAAAGGAACACGAAAUUACAAACAUCAAAUCUGGAAGUGGAAAAACAAAAUAACACCCAUGAUUUCUAUUAACGAUGCAACAUUGAUCAAUGUAAUUAGAUCAAUUUAAUGUGUACACUGAUUUUGGAAUGAAUAGAAUAGGCAUGAGCGUGACGAAAAAUGUUGUUCAAAGAGAAAUAACCUACUGAAAUAUAUAGCAAGCGACGAAGACAAGUAAUCAGGUAUUUUUGAAAGAUUAUGAGUUUAUGAGACCAAACUUUUUGAGAGAGGAAAAAAAGUAAAUACUGAAAAUAAAAUAUAAAAAAGCAUAAGCUUAACUACACCAAUACAUUUUAGAUUGUAAUGAAAUUGGCGAAAUUCUGAAACAUUGGAUGAUUGUUUUUUGUCCCUAGGUAAUUUACUUCCUUUUGAUUCUUCAGAGAUGACCUUCUUUUUGUAAUAAUAAUAUUUAUUCUUAAACAGUUUCAAUUCGAAAUUCCUUUUUUUCCUUGAAUUUAAUAUUAUUUCGGCUCCUCUACAUGACUCAUAUUUACAUCAAACAAUAAAUUCGUAUCCAGAAAAUAACCGAAAACUUUGGAAUAAACAAUCGACCAAAUGAAUGAUGAUGACAGCUGUUAAUUUCUGAGCUGCAAAAAUUGCAUUUCGUUCCAUUUUUUUGUUCACUUCAUUUUUAAACUAUUACUAAUCUCUGUGUUUCUAUAAUUAAUUCUCUAAGAACCUUAGUCCUUCUAUGAAGUAUGUUUUGAUAUCUCUUAUAUUAUUUUUUCAAUAUUAGUUUAUAAUAUAUUAUGUCAACUUGAACAAAAGUAUAUUUUACACAUUACACUUGGAAGAAAUGUUUUCAUUAUUGAAUAAGCUAUCUUAGAAAUAUAUAUGAUGUAUUGUUGGUGUAACCACAAAAUAUUUCUUUAGACUUUUAAUUGAGGUUCUAUAUACUCUUAAUGGUACAUUCUUAUUCUUUAUCACAUUCAUAUUUUCAAUUCAGGUUGCAUAAAAUAUAGGCUGUAAUAAGAUUUUAGAAAACUUUUGCAAUCAUUAAAUACCGUUUGUAUGAGGUUGAAUGAAUUUUGUAUAUUAAUUUGUAAGUAUGAAUUGAUUUUUAAAUAGAGGUUUCAUUAUAUAGUAUUUUUUAAAUUUGUAAUAAACUGUUCUUUAUAUACUGUUGAAUGUCAUCUCAAAUAAAUAAUUGAAAUAAUAAA